AAUCGUCAAAGCAGCGCCACUAUUUCUGCCGAGUGUUCAGCUUGUUUCGCGUACAAGUAACGGUUAGGUAAAAAAAGAUAUUGAACACUUUGGUAUAAGUUUAAUUCGUAAAAAGUGCAUUUGAUCUUAUUUAAGUUGAAUACAAGAUUACAUUUUAUAUACUGGAAAGGAAAGAAACUCAAUUGUGAAAGUUAUCAUAAAGGAGUGACAGGAAAAUCUAGACGAGUGGCGCGUCUGUGCAAACGGGUCUCUUUGGUCGCAUGACGUAAUUGUAUUGAUCGCGGAAGAAGAGCCGAAAGUCGCGCAUUCGCCAUCUUGGACGAAUUGUGGAAAAGAAGUUUCUGUGUCUCGCAGGCGCGGUACGCUUGUAAGAAUUGUAAUCCGUGGCGAUCCACACAUUAAUUAGUUUAACUGGGAAUUAACCCUUUUGUGAAUUAGAAACCCAUUUGGACGGACCAAGACAAAGGGUUCGUUCUUUGGGUCUGAUUGGUACUAAAUGGUUGCCUGCAGACAGCAUGUCUACUCUGUCAGGGCUUGUGUCGAAGGGGGAGAAAGGAAAAUCCAAGUUUCAAUCGUUAGACAUCAAUAACUUGUACCGGGUGAGUAGGGGAGAGUCUGUAGAGCCACAUCAGCAAAAAAAUACAUUACCACGUAAACAUGGAAUGCAAAGUCUUGGAAAGGUGCCUUCGGCACGACGACCUCCUGCUAAUCUGCCUAGUUUGAAAAGUGAACAUAGCAGUAGCGAUCCAGCUGUCAGCCUUGUACCAAGUGGAGGAAGCGGUUGGGCUACUACCAAAGAUUCAACAACUACCACUACUACUACAACUACUACAGCUGUAACCACACCCGAUACAACUACUUCAAAUUCUUCGCCGACACAAUGUGUAGUGGGAACUACUGCAACAGCGUCGUUACAUCCACUACUCCCAGGACAACAAAGUAUCUCCCAACCUUCGUAUUCUUCCGACGCAAACAACAAAUCAUCAUGGAGUGCAAUAAUGAGCCGAUCUGGAGAUGGUACUGCAUCAGGAGGUCAGCAACAAUCACAACAGCAGCAGCAGCAACAACAACAGCAGCAGCAGCAGCAGCAAUCGGCAAACCGAGAAUUAAAUGCACAAUAUGGACCCGGACCAAGUUUACGACCCCAAACGGAAGGAAGUUGGAUACAAGGUGGAAGUCGCACAGCCAGUGGUGCGGGAAUAGUAGGGGUGGCUGCUGGUUCCGGAAGUGGAACAACUUCAGCGGUCCAGGCCCCCCCUUUGAAUAUUACUGGAUCGGGAGGGCAUACAGAUAUACCUGGAGGCGGACGACAGAACUUGGUCCAGUCUCCCAACAUGGCCAUGGCCCAGGCAGGCCCUCCUCAUACUUCUGCAAAUAAUCAGAAUGCUUUAAAUUCUAAUUCUCACCAAGUUGGUCCAAAUCUACAUCAUUACAGAGGACUUAUUCCUCCAUUUUUACACAGAGGAAAUUUUCCUGGUGGAUUCCCUUCGCAGUUUCCGCCGAAUACGAAUUCCAAUGGGCCUAGGCCCCGGUUCAAUUACGCGCCAGAGCGAUUUCCCGCUCCGCCACCUACUCGCCAACAGGAACGCGAUCAGCGUGUCGAGGAAGAAAUCGUUACCCGACCAAUUAUUAAAGAAGAAGAUCUUACUCGAAUGGACGAUAUUUCUCGCGAUGCUGGUUGGGCGGCACACGAUGAUAUCGAUUACAAUCAGAAACUCGCCUUCAGCGAUGAAGAAACCGAACUUGAAUCUUUAAGAAAGGAUGAGAAAAGAGAUCGCAAGGAGGAGAAAAUUGAAGAAAUUUCAGCUGAAGAUCGGGACAAAGGUAGAGAUAAUCGUGACAAUCGCGAUAAUCAUGAUAACCGAGAUUCAAAGGAAUCCCGAGAUCAACCAUCUCAUCGACCCUGGAAUCAGAGCUCUGUACCUCGUGAUUAUCGUGGAUCCAACGGGUCUGCUAGUUACAGCGGUCAGUCACAACUGCAUUCGGUGCAUUCUAUAAGAGGCGUGGAGGAUGAUGAAGCGUGGAACGAAAGACGCAGACUGAGAUUUGAAGUAGAUUCUGCGAUUGAACGCGCCCGGCAACGUAAAGAGGAAGAGGAGAAACGAUAUAAUGAAUUAACCAGGCAGGCAGCAGCUAAGAAGUUACAAGAUUUAGAGCAAAAAUUGAAGGAAAAGCAAGCUAAAUACAAAGAAGAGGAACGUGGACAGUCGACUGAAUCGAAGAGUAUAAUAAAUGUUCCACCGGUACCGAUUCCAGUUCCCGAUUGGGAAAGAGAAAGGGAAAAUAGAGAAAGAGAACGAUCUUGUACUGUAUCUUCCGAGGGGAAAGAUGAAAAGUCUUUGAAUCGCGAAUUGCGUGAAACCAGAGACAGUCCAAAAGAUGGUAGAGAAUCACGCGAUCAGUUAAUGUCAGAUUUUCGACAAAGUGAUCGGCAAGCUUUUGUAAGACAGCCGGAUACUGUACGUAAUGAACGCGAAAGGGAACGAGAGCGUGAACGUGAACGAGAACGAGACCGUGAUCGUGAUCAAAGAGACACAAGGGAUCGCGAACACUUGGCAUUCUCGCGUCAUUUUCAAAAUAAUUUACCGCCUCGAUUUCAAAAACAACAAGCAGAAAGAAGUGGUGCUGGUUUUAAUCGAAUUUCACCUUCCACCGAAAGGUCAUCCACGCAGUCGGUUCCUUUUUCUCAGCAAUACGAUCCUAGUAGAUGGGUUCAUAACCACAGUUCUUUAACAGACAAUAACUUAAAAACAGCACACAAUGUUCCGUCUCAACGUCGGAGUAGGACAGAUUCAGACAUUUCUACUUCAAUGGACGAAGAUCGACCUCCGUCCCGAGAUUACCGAGGCUCUCUCCUUCGGGAUGAUCGAUAUCGUCAUUCUUCGCAUCGGCCAUACGAUGCUCGUAAAUCAGGCAGCUAUUACGAUGAAUAUAACCGCAACUCCAGAGACCAUGAUUUCGACGACAGACAUUCUCGUGAUUCCUGGGAACGUGAGAGAUACUUUGACGAUAACAAAGAUCGAGAUUCGAAGGAUGGAUUGGAAACCAGAGAUCGGGAAAAUCGAGAUAUCCGUGAUAAUCGUGCCGGUAGAGACAACCGAGAUUUGAGAGAAACUCGAGAAAGGGAUAGCAAGGAUAAGAAGGAUUACGAUAACUACUUGAAGGAAUCCUUUGAUGAUCGUGAUCGUGAUCGUGAACGCGAACGUGAUCGCGAACGUGAACGUGAUCGUGAACGUGAUCGUGAACGCGAUCGUGAACGCGAUCGUGAACGUGAUCGUGAUCGUGAUCGUGAUCGUGAUCGUGAACGUGAACGCGAACGAGAACGAGAUCGCGAUCAAAGAGAACGAUCGGAGAGUUCUGAAUGGCGAGAGGAGCGUAUCAUUCAAGAUAGAUUGAUGGACAACCGUCGCGAUACGCAGAGAGAAGAGCGAAUGGAGCGCAACGAGCGUCCGCAGAGACCAGAUUCUCGUGACAGUCGCACCUCGAGAGAAUCGAAAACAUCUUUACGCGAAGAUGAUUCGCAUAAAUUGCGAGAUUGCAGUUCUUGGGUGAACGAAGUUGUCGAUUACGAGGAAAGUAAACGUGAUGUGUAUCACGAGGAUAUGAGAGACAGAGAAAGGGACAGGGAAAGAGAAAGGAGACAGCCACUUGGUCCUGUAACCAAAGAAAGAAUCGAAGCGGAUGAGUUGAAAAACGAGAAACGCAGUCUGACCCAAUUGAAACGGUCAAGUUGCGAUCAGGAUAAAAAGGAUCAGACGAAAGAGUGUACAGAGAUGAAGAAAGAAACGGACGUUUGGAAUAGAAAGCUUGAACGAGCAAAUGAAAAUAAUAGAACGGUGGAAAGAAGCGACAGCUCUCCGAAAGCGUGGGCAGAUGCUGUUUCUCCGACGUUUGACAAAGAGGAAGAUAAAGUUUUGGAAUCUAAUAAAAGCGAAAAGGAACCGGAGGAUUUAAAGCAGAGCUUCGAAAAGUUAAGCCUGGAGAAAAGAGAGGAUACUCUAAACGAGGAAGCGAUCGAGUUACAGGUAAAAGAAGAUAAACGAGAAAAAAAUAUUCGAAACAGGACCAGUAGUGGCGGGUCAAAUUCGAGAGUUCGCGAGUCUCGAGGCGGACGUCAAUGGGGAGGCGGUACUUAUAGCGUGUACACCCGAGGAUGGCGAGGUCCAGAGUCGAGAGGGCGAAGAGGUGGGCCCAGAACCGCUGCUAGACCUGCAUCAGCCAGAAGCGGUUCGUAUGGACACACUGAUUCAGAAAACAGUGCCGACGAGAUAUCCGGAUCUACCGAAUCCGGAAAGGAGGAGAAGAAAUCGGCCAGGUCGCCGAAACUUGGCCACAAAUCGGAGAAAGAGGAACGUAUCUCUAGCCGAGACGAUAAACGUACCGAUUAUUCUCAGUCACAGCGUAACGAGAAACGAGCUUACGACGCCAAAUCGAAUCGCGAAGGUUUUGCUCCAUCGGGAGAACCUUCUCGUCGUGGUCGUGGUAGUUUCCGAAUUCGAAGCGCAACCACCGCUGGCAGUCGUAUGGAAGGAUACGGUCCGCCGUCGAGCAAAAGCCCUUUUUCUUCCGAGCGCAUCACCGACGAGAAACGCGAAAGUUCAACCCGACAAAAUCCUUCGACGCCUACUCCGGAGAAGGAAGCCAGUUCUCUGAUAUCUCCGCAAAGUGAAUCUACCGAUGAUAAGAUUAUAGCAAAACAACAAGCGUUAACAGCUGGAAUAACUGGAAAACGUGCCAAAUCACCGAAUCAACAAUCGCAACAAUCGCAACAGACUCAACAGUCUUGCAGUAAACAAGACGUGAGUCAUGCGAUCAGUAACGCUACUUCUCAGAAGGUGCAGCUUAGAAAAGAAGAAUCACGCUCGAAAAGAACUCGAAGCGGAAGUAGAAGGGGUAGAGACAAUCGUGAGCCACGAUACCGUGGAAGUGGCAGUAACGUGUCGAAACAAACCUCGUCAGACAUAGGAAACGAAGAUUGGGAGACCACUUCAGAGAAUAGCGAGGAACACGUGGAGGAGCAUAAAGAGUCACGUAAUAGUCGUAAUAAACAGUUUACUGCGCGUUCAAGCACGGGUAAUAGUCAGAACAUUGUAGCAUCGAAUAUGCAUUCUCGUAGAAACGAACAAAUAGGAAAUAGUCGUGAACAACGUGAAAAAGGUUUAAAAUCUUCGAACACAGCGUCCCGGGCUCCAGGCGCUGAGAAACGAAACUUGCAGAAUUCGAAUUUUGCCAGUCAAAAAAGUCAUUCGAACAGCAUUCCUCCGUUGAUACAAAGCUGUCAGGUACAAAACGGACGAUCGAGAAAUCAAAGUCUCGGAAAUAAUUCGAUGGCUUUAAGUAAACCGGCAGCUAAAGAGACUGCGGUAAAUCGUAUAGAUGACAUCAAAUUAACUGAUCCGAAUUUAAUUAGCCAAACUCUUAACGAGGGUAACAAAAAAUCUCAGGGAAAGGAGAAGAAAGCAACGAUCGAGUGCGAAACAGAAACAAACAACUUCACCGAGGAUGUAUCGAGUGUCGUUGAAGAUAAAGUUGACUCGGAUGGUUUCCAAGAGGUUCGUUCGAAGAAAAACGUGAAAGAUUCUAGACACGGACAGAAAGAAGAAACGAAACAACCGAUAAAACGUGAAAAGGAGAAGGAUAGAGAACGCGAUCGUUCGAAGUCAAAAACAAAUGGAUCCCAAGCAGCUUCUCUCCAGCAACAGGUGCAAAAUAUACCGCCUUUGUUGAGUCAAACUAUUCCGCAACCCACGAGUAUGCAACAAAAACAAUACGACAGAACUUCGAGGAACCAGAAGCUCGCUCCCAGAUUCCAGAAGCAACGUUUAGCAAAACAACAGCAGCAACAACAGAUGUGCGUAUCGGAGACAAGUGAUUCGAAUAAAAUCAGUAAUUCCAACAAUUACAGUAAAGAUUCUUCGAGCGGACCCGCACCUCCGCCGUCGGUUAAUGCUUGGGAUAAACCGUUUACAACGAGUCAGUUGCGAUCAAACUCGCCGUCUGCGAUGUCUGCUGACAUUCAAUUGAUACCCGGUUUGUCUACUCAGAACGACCACGGUCACGUUCACGGCCACGAGAGUAACGAGCAAACGAAUUCCGGAAAUAGUAGCCAACGAAACUCGCCGAACGGCGAGAAAACUGGAAAGGGUUUGAAAGAUCAGCUGGUAGAGAAAAGCUCUGUCGCUGAUGUUUCUUCGCCUCCUGUUCAAACGUUGAUAUUCGAAAAUACAAAUUACUCGAAAACCACCAAGGCGGGUCCUUCCGAUUUGGCAGUGAAAACGAAAUUUCCAAAUCAUAUAAAAACUCAACAACAACAGCAACAACAACGCGUUGAAAAACGUGCCGAUUUGGAAGAAGAGGCUAACGCUGCUACUAUGCAACAGCAGCAGCAGCAGCAGCAACAACAACAACAACAGCAGCAGCAACAGAGUCUUCCUGUUGCGUUUUCGAAUAAACCAAACGAUUUGAUAAAAGAUAAGAAUCAAGAACCAAUUCAGAUGCCCCUUUCGUUUAACAAGAACGAAGACAAUGCUGACAUGAAAUUGGAUUUUACUUUCGAUUCGGAUCUUUCGCAGUUGACCGAAGACAAGAGUAAAAGUUUAGGAAUGACUCGAUCCAUGCACAUGGCUACUGGUCAAAAUACCAUAUCACCUUCUACCGCGGAAUUGAAUCUGAAAAUUGCUUCUGUGAAGAAAGUAUGGGAAAACGCGCCUCCGAUGCCAACCGUGGUCGAACACGAGGAUGGCAAUGUCGUCAGUAGCGCAAAUACAUUUCCUCAAGCGUUCGAAAGUACAGACGUUGAUGAUAGUUACAGCCCUCAUCAACAGUAUAAUCAAAAUAACAUGAAAAAUGAAAUAACCACUUCUACAAACGUGUGCAAGCUGGUUCCCCCGCAGGUGAAGCCGCAGCAACAAUCAUCGGGAAGCAGUAGUGGUCAGUCUGGUUCGACUGUUCCUGGACCAAGUCCUAUCGGAGCAGGUCAGAGCCCAAUUGGCCACCCUCCUGUUAGUCUUCAAGGACCGCUCAGCCCUCCUCCGUUUAAUUCUACCGGACAGCCUUCUCAUAUCAAUUAUCAGGAAUUCCCUCAGUACCCAGGUUCUCAGGCUGCGCAGUACGGAAGCAUGUCUGCUAUACCUUCCCCACCGGCUGCGCUCUUUCAUACUGGUUCGGGCCAACUUCCAGCGCAAGCAGGAGGUCUUUACGGAGCGUUUCAAUUGGAUCAAAGCCGAUCUCCUUUCACUCAGUAUCCGUCAUACGCACCAUCGCUUCAGAAUUCGUUCAGUCAGCAAAACGUUUAUUUGCAACAGCCUCCACCGCCGCCACCGCACGCUCCUAACGCGCCCACUCCGGAUAUGUAUCAAAAUAAUAUUUCGCAAUAUCGCAUUACCGCAGCUGCUGCUCCGCCCUUUGGACAAAAUCAACAGCUCAGUAACAACCCAAAUACAGUUCUCAUUAGCUCCUCCUCAAAUUCUUUGAUGUCAGCCAGUGUGAAACCAUCUUCUCAACCUAUUGGCGCUAUCGGAACUAAAGCUCCACAUUUUCAAGCACCGUCUGCUCCGCAGCCAAAUCCAUUAACGUACAUACCAUAUGAUCCAAAUCAAGUACUCGGCGUGAGUGGCAGUUACAUGGGCAAUUCCCAAUUGGUACAGAGACCUGGCCCGAACGUACAAGCCUCUGCCAAUAGUUAUUACAGUGCAACUUCGGCUGACGUAUUCCCCGGCUCGCAAACAGGUUUUUAUCAACCAGGAGGUGCUACACAACAAACUGGUACUCAUUACGGCCUUCAGGGAUUUGGUCAGCAUAGCCAGAGUUUGGCAACUGGCAGUGCCACUCCCGUUGGACUUCAAAACUUCAGCUCUGGAUUUUUAUCCAGUUCCGGUUUACAGAUUGCUGCAGCUGCGGCAGCGCAGCAAUUUCGCAACCCUACCGGAGGACUUCCUGGACCAGCAAAUGCUGGCCCUACUUUUCUUAGUAAGCACCAACCGCAGGAACAACCUAGACAGUUAAAGAGCCCUUCGGGAAAUCAACAAGAUGUCCUUGCAUCGGUCUUUAGCUCUACACCACAGAUACCAUCUCCUAAGUCGAGAAAUUGUAAACAACAGUCUUCGUCCCAGCAACCACAACCGAGCCCGACGCAACAUCACAAGUAUCAACAGUACCAAGGAGUUAGUCAGUCGACUUUGGUUUUACAACAAAAUGUUCGUGGUAUGGGUAUGCCACCGCGUGCCGGUAUUCAACCAUCGCAACAGCGGUAUCCGCCACCCAUUCAGAGACCGGUUGUUCCAUUUACACCGGGUCCAAAUCCCAACAAUCCUUCACAGCAACAGCCUAAUUGCAUACAAUCGCAGCAACAGCAGCAACAAGCCCAAAUUAAUCGUCAUAGACCAAAUUUACAUCAGCAACAACAACGCAACAUGAAGAUGCAGCAACAAUAUUAUUCUACUCAAGGAAACGUGAAAAUAGAUGCAAACGAAAAAACAGAUUCUCAUAAUGAUAAAAUCAGCGACGGUAAUUCCGGUGCUCAACAAGGAAACACGAAACCCAAUGUAAAUUCUCAAGACAAUGACAAUAAGGAAGAAGUGAAUCAACCAAACGAAUGAAUCUAAAGCAAAACAAAAAAAAAAAAACGUUCGUUCUACCCCUUGAAAAAUACUGUUUACCGCUACAUAUUGGUAUGACAUCGAUUGGAAGGUAAUUGAUAAUGAUUAAUUUGUUGUCACACGUGGAGCAGGCUACUCUCCAACAGAUACUGUAUUUAUCGACUUAAAGUCGCUUGUGAGCUUAGAAUUCAUAAUCAAUAACUUGGCCAUGUCUAGCUAGAAUAACUUAAUCACGAUAUAUUGGGGAAAAAAAAAGAGGAAAAGAUAGGUGAUAUCGUCCUUACAUACGCCAAUACUUUCCCGCGUUAACUAUUUACGGAGUUGUAUUUCAUGAAUUCAACGGACGGAACACUUUUAUCGAACAUUCCUUUUUGUUCGAAAGAAUACUGCAAAUUGCAGCUGAACAAUACCAUAAAAACAUAGGAAAAUGUCCCACCCCCUCCAAAUAAAAAAAAAUAAAAAUAAAAAAAGGAACCAAUAAACUUGAUCGAUGCAUUGAGAAUAAGAUUGUUCGGUCUCUACAAAAUGCUUCGACGAAAGAGACUGCAGCAUGUUUGACUCGACGAUACACCUAUACUAGAAGUCGAAAGAGUCAAAUAAUUAAACUGGUGCGCACAACGUAUCCCUUACUCGAUGUUAAUCGAUUAUCUUAACAGUUAAAUGCAUUGACUAUGAAGACGACAAAUGUGCACAAGACUUACAUUUCUGUAUAUGGACACGACGGCGGUUUGUGGUAUACGAAUAAUGUAAACGCCAGAGUUUUGUGAGACGUAGUUCGACAAAGAUGUUGCACGACCGUUGCCACAUUUUAUAGAGCGACAAAAUGGAAGAAAAAGAAUUUAAAAAAACUAAGAUCGAUUUAAAAAAAAAAAGAAGACUGUUUCGUGUAUAUCGAAAUUGCAUAAACAUAAAAAAUAUUCAUGCAAUGGUCGUAUAGAUCUGCAUGACGUUGUCCCUAAUACAGUGUGACAAGUAUAAAAGAAAGAAAAAAAAACGUUCGUGUACAUUAAUCAUUUACGGAUAUGUGAGGUCAUGACGAAGCUUGUGAAAAAUAAAUAGUGCAACAAUUGUU